AUAGACACUGCUGCUGCUGCUCCUCUGCUGCUAUAUCGUACAGCAUUCGAAAUUUGAUCAGUUGCACACUGUCUUUGGAAUCGAAUGGUACACGUCGCGCACACAUCCAGCGCACAUGGGUUUGAUUAAAAACCAUUCGUCCGUGUGAAAUCAGUUUCGUUUCUGAUAAAGAACAGAAAAAAAAAACAAAGUGGAAAAAAGAACAAAAGCAAAAAUCAUCAUAUGCCAAGUGGUUUUAAAUCCUAACGACACCAAAUUAACGGAAGAGGCUAAAAUAAACGGAAAAAAGUUACUAACACAUACACAAAAAAGAAACAUUGAUAAAAUUAGUGAAUCGUAAAUCGCGAUCAAGGAUAUCAAAUCUAUUAUAAGGCAUCGAAUGGCACCGUAAGGAUUAAACGCAGAUAAAACAAAAACACAAAACGGCAACCGAGCAACAACAAACUCUGUAUGGACAACGACAAUUGCAACCGAAAUUACAGAAUGUUAAAUGUACAAGCACAUUCACAUAAUAUGGAACUGCCGCCGAUGGCCAGUACACAUGACACCACCGUCGGCCGUUGUUCACCGCUGCUCAGCUCCGGCGUCGAUUCAAAAGUCAAUUUUAUAUUCACACAAGAACAAGUUGAAUGCGUCUGUGAGGUAUUACAACAUUCGGGUAACAUUGAACGGCUGGGUCGUUUUCUGUGGUCGCUUCCACCCUGUGAUAAACUGCAAUUAAACGAAUCCGUCUUGAAAGCAAAAGCCAGCGUUGCAUUUCAUCGUGGACACUUUAAGGAGCUGUACCAUUUACUUGAACACCACCAAUUCUCAAUGCAAAACCAUGCCAAAUUACAGAAUCUCUGGCUCAAAGCACACUAUAUCGAGGCAGAGAAACUACGUGGACGGCCGCUGGGUGCGGUAGGUAAAUAUCGUGUCCGACGGAAAUUCCCACUACCGCACACUAUAUGGGACGGCGAAGAAACAUCGUAUUGUUUUAAGGAAAAAUCGCGCUCAAUCCUCCGUGAAUGGUAUGCACAUAAUCCAUAUCCGUCACCGAGGGAGAAACGCGAGCUAGCCGACGGCACCGGUCUCACAACAAUGCAGAUUUCAAAUUGGUUCAAAAAUCGAAGGCAGAGGGACAGAGCUGCCGAGCACAAAGAGUCUGAAGAAGUACGAAUUUAAGGCCAUUGGAUGAACGCAAUCAAAAAUAAAAACGAAGAAAAUCUCACAUAAGUUACUUAAACAAAACAAAAAACAGAAACAAAACGGUUCAUCAAUGCAUGAACUGAGUCUCGAUUUGAAUAUAAGUAUUUUUUAGUAGCAUAAGAACACAAAGCAAACAACAAAAAUCCUGAAAACAUAAACAAAUUGUAUAGUCAAUGUAUCGAGCUUACCUUUGAUUUGGCUAAAUGAAUUUAUCUACUUUAUUAAUUUUAAUUAAUGCCUAAAAAGAAUCGUGUAAUGUUGAAAGGCCAGACAUAAUUGAUAGAUGUAAAAUAAAACGCAGUUUUUGAACUGAAACAAAUGCAAAAACAACAAUA